AAAUUAAAAAUCAAACUGUCAUGUGCGGCUCUUUUCUAUAUUUUUCGACGAUGAAUUUUGCCAAAGCGAGUAUUUCGUGAUUUACCUAGGAUUAUAAAGUUGUCACUAAUUGAAUAAAAAUGGCUAUUUGCUUGCGUACAAUUACAAACAAAGUUUUGCCUAUAAAUGGCAUCUUUUCAACCAGAAAUCAUUCCAACCGCUUGUCUCGAAAAAUACCAGUGCGCACAGAAUUUUUGGAAGAUUUCCUGGAUCAUCGUCGCAUCUCCAGCUGCCAACAUGCGGUGAAGUGUGUCUCAGAAACCAACGAUCCUUUUGAUCUUGCUGCGGCAAAUUUAGUAUUACCUCUAAAAUGCUCUACAAAGCUUGAGGCGACCAAAACAGAUGUUAAAAGAGUUGGUUAUGAAGUAGACGAUUGCUUAGGAAUGAAGUCUUUAGCUUUAACCUCUGAUGAUUACAUAGAGCAGAGAGCUAUUCCAUAUAAUUUUAAUGACAUACCAUAUAGCUUAAAUAACAUUGAUUUUAGUAAAUACAAUGAGGAUUUAGAACCCACCUGCUUUUCUGAGUUUGAGAGACAUGCAGUUGCCUACUGCACUGCAGCAACCACAUCAAUGACUAAAGCACAGUCUACCAGUGAGGGGAACAGAGACGGAAAACCCAGUGAGGAGCAACUGACUAAAGUGUUUAAUGUGCUUUCUACAACUAUGCCAAAUCUUUUUAUCAAGCCCUUGGAUUACUCCAUUUAUCAUCCAAAUGUAAUUUUUGUUAACAAUAUUAGAGGAAUCACUACUGUGGGUUUAUUUCACUAUGUAAAGCAGAUAGCACUUUUACGUACUGUUGGCCAUCUUAAGUUUGCAUAUGUUAAGUUUGAAGUUAUAAAGAUAACCGCACAUCCCGAGGACUCUUCUAUUAAAAUGAGAUGGCGUAUCCGAGGUAUAUCUGGUCUAAAAGUGUUCUUUAUGUUCUGGAGAUAUAAACUUUGGGAUUUGAAAUCAGCAUUCAAGGAUCAAGAGAUGUGGUAUGAUGGUUUCUCAACAUUCUAUGUAGCAGGAGAUGGUCUUAUCCAAAAGCAUGUAGCUGAUAAGGUAAUGCCUGAUCAAGACACAAUUAUUGAUGAUGAAGAAAAGGCUCCAAUAGCAGCUAAAAUAGCAUUGCUCAUUGGACUUUUACCUAGAAAUUAUCUGUCCGAUGUGUCGCCAUAUUUCAGCUCAUCGUCAGGCACCACGGACAUGACUGUGUUGCCAUUUAAAGUUCUUGAAUAGAUAUUACGAUAAAAUCAAGAAAUGUGAUAUGUUGAUUAGUAUUGUACGAUUAUGUAAACGAACGAAAUAAAUCGAAAACUACGACUUUGUCGUAGAAUAAAUAUGAUGUAGGUAGUAUUACAAUAUUACUUGUAUAAAUUAAAACAGCCAUGGCUCCGUCACUCCUCAACUUUGUGUUAUUUGAUUUGUAAUAUGAAUUAACUCACGUUACGGAUUAUUUUCUUUAGUUGGGACAAUGUAUUUGAGUAUUAGGUGUCGUUAUUGCUUUGUAGUCUAGCUUAUAGUUGUUAUGUAUUAUGAUACAAUAAACAAUUAUUAUUAAAA